UGGGUCAGUGGGUCAAUAUUAAAACGAGUCAGGUCUAAACCUGACCCAAAUAAAAGUGGGUCAGUAUUUAAACCAGUUCAAAAAAUAUGAGUAUUUAUGGGUCGGGUCAAGGUUGGAUCAAGGGCAGGGCAAGUGAACCAGUUUUUUUGCACACCCCUAUAUGUGAUGUUCUACUUCAUCGUACAACUAUCCCUGCAAGCAGAACGUCUGACUUGAAGUACUACGAGCAUAGACAUUAUAUAGACUUGAAGAAUGAUUGCACGGAAGAAAGAACUGGAGAAUCGUGAGAAGGAUCUGCAAAAGCGUCAAGCACAAAAUGAAAAUGAAGAAAAGGAGCUAGAUCUCAAGAAGAAAAAUAAUGAGAUGGCAAUAAUGGUGCAAAACAAGGCUGAUGAGAAAGUGAUGUUGGCUCAAGAACAAAAGAAAGAAAAGAAGAAACUGCAUAAAAAAAUUCAUGAACUACAAAGAGAACUCGAUGCCAAACAAGCAUUGCAAUUGGAGAUUGAGCACUUGAGAGGAGCUCUUCAAGUAAUGAAACACAUGGAGGAGGAUGAAGAUGUGGACGAGAAGAAAAAAAUGGAUGCAACUAAAUUGGUUCUGCAGGAUAAUGAGGAGGAAUUGGAAGCAAUGAAAGAACUUCAACAAACUCUUAUUGUCAAGGAGCGUACAACCAAUGACGAGUUGCAAGAUGCUCGCAAGGAAUUAAUAAGUAGCAUAGGGAAGACAAAGAGGACUCGGGCUUUUAUUGGUGUGAAAAGAAUGGGGGAGCUUGAUAGUAAGCUGUUUGUGAAAGCAGCUAAGAGAAAAUUUUCUGAUGAUGAAGUGAAUGUGAGAGCUGUGGAGUUGUGCUCACAGUGGGAGGCUUAUCUUAGAGAUCCAAGCUGGCAUCCAUUUAAAAUUGUAUCAGAUAAAGAAGGAAACCCCAAGGAAAUUUUAGAUGAAGAAGAUGAAAAACUAAGAACUUUAAAAGAUGAGUUUGGUGAUGAGGUCUUUGGAGUGGUGGCUACAGCUCUGAUGGAGUUGAAUGAGUACAACCCCAGUGGUAGAUAUCCAUUACCGGAGCUAUGGAAUUUUAAGGAAGGAAGGAGGGCUUCGUUGAAAGAGGGGUAUGUUACCAACGGUCACUAUGGUGAGUUAUAUUCCCAGUAUGGGAAAAUUGAGGAUGUAUAUAAGGUGUUUGACGAAACUACCAACAAAGAUCUUGUGGCUUAUUCGUCCAUGAUUACUGCCUAUGCUCACUGUGGGGGCUCAUGUGCUUAUGGGGCCUUCCGGAUUGCUUACUCAAUGUAG